AUGAUGAGCAGCAUGCCUCCGUUCUCCGCGUGCGCCGCGGUGCCCAGCACGUUCAGUGUUGCGCACCCGCUGCACUGCGGCUCGACGGCCUUCGGCUACCAGCAGCAGCCCAUGACCAUCAACACCUUCGCCGCGCCCGUGGUGGCGUCCCCGUCGCGCCAGCUGGCCUCGCCCACCAUGACCGCCGCCAAGGCGCGCGCCGAGCCCGCGGCCAGCCCCUCCAAGAAGGCCCGCAAGAGCCGCGUCGUGUUCGACUUCACCACCGAGGAGAUGGCCAAGUACUUCCAUAUGUCGCAGCGCGAGGCCGCGCAGCAGCUCGGCGUGGCCACCGUCACCAUCAAGCGCAACUGCCGGCGCCUCGGCAUCGUAUGGCCCUACCGCCUCAUGAAGUCCAAGAAGCACGCCAUCAAUUGGUCGGCCAUCUCGCGCGAGGACGCCCAGCGCAUCCGCCAGGAGCGCGCGCUGGAGCGGGCCAAGGCCGGUCGCUCGCCGUCCAGCCGCGACCGCAGUCGUAGCCGCUCACCGUCGGCUUGCCGCUCGGUCGCCGCCACCGACGACGAGGCCGCCGCCACGGCCAUGACCCUGCUCAGCCAGAGCAGCAGCAGCAUCAGCGUCGAGCUCACGGAGGCCGGCCGCGCCUUCGCUCGGCUGCCGCUGGACUGCAUGGACAGCUCCGACUGCUAG